AUGCCUAACGAGCAUCCCGAGAUUCAAGGAGGAGGUUCCUUGAUACUGGCAUGGCAGAUCAAGAAUAAAGAGGUUCUGGUCAUUGGCGGAGGUGAGGUUGCUGCGGGACGCAUUGUCAAUCUCCUCAAUGCCGAUGCAAAAGUCACGGUCGUCUGUCCUCGUGCUGGGCUUAACGAAGAGGUGGCAUACAGAGUUGAGCGCAAGCAGGUCACCCACAUCGACCGAGUGUUUUUGCCUCUCGAUCUCGAACCACAGAAGAAUGUCGCAAUGGUGCUGACAGCCAUCGAUGACCCUGAUGCUUCAUCAAGAAUCUGGAAAUAUUGCAAGAAACUAAAAGUGCCCGCCAAUAUUGCCGACGUGCCUCCUGAGUGCGACUUUUACUUUGGCAGUGUUCAUCGCGAUGGCCCGUUGCAAAUCAUGGUGUCUACAAACGGCAAUGGACCAAGAUUGGCUGCUGCCAUUCGUCGACAGAUUGGCGAUAUGCUUCCCGAGGGCACAGGAGAGAGCAUUAAGAAGGUUGGCGAACUUCGCAGGAAACUUCGGCGAGUUGCACCAGGCAAGAGCACACGCGACAUCAAUAAGCGAAUGGGUUGGAUGAGCCGAGUCUGCGAUAGUUGGAGCACCGAUGAUUUCAAUGCGAUGGAUGAAACCGACAUGCAAGCCUUGGUCGAGUACUACGAAUCUGGGAGAGUUCCAAGUUUUGAGGACAUUCGCAUUAAACCACAGGAUGAUGUGGUCUGGGAAUUUGAUGGGUCAUUUGGAUGGAUGUGA